UUGUUUAUGAACAUAGAUCAAGACUUGAAAAGUCAUUACAAAAAGAAAAAAAUGAACACAAAAAAUCAAAAGAAGAUUUACAAACCAGUUUUGCAAAAGAGAAGCAAGAAUCACAAAAUAGGUUUAAUUCACUAAAUACACAGCAUAAAAUGCUUAAGAGUGAACACGAGGAUGUACAAAAUGAACUAUCGGCAUGGCAACAUAAACAUGCAAAGCUAGAUGAAGAUUUCAAACAGCUGCAGUCAGAUAGAGAAUUAGAAUUUAAACAACUUAAAGAAGAUAAAGUACAGUACAUGUCCAAUUUACAAGCACAAAUAGACUCUUUACAAGAUGAAGCCUCCAGACUUCGAGCCAUACACACAGGUCUGACAGAUCAGCUUAGAGAAUCACAGCUUAUUGCUAAUGACAGUCUCAACAACAAUCAAAUGCUGAGUAAAUUAAAAGAAGACCUAGUGAUAAACCUCAAAGAUGUGGAGGAUGAAAGGCAAACACUACUUGACAGGAUACGAGAACUUGAGAGACAAGUCUCCACAAAUAAGGAACAGGAUGCUCUCUUUCAAAACCAAAUGGCUGAGUUACAUGACACUGCAGCACAACACAAG